AUGGAGCAGGAUCAGGACAAGGAGGAGGAGCAGGAGCAGCACAUGGAGAUGGAGCCCAAGCAGGAGGCGGACGUGGCGCAGUCUUAUAUAACGCGGGCCAAGAUGAAUCCUGCCAAGAAGGAUAACGAGAAGCGGCGACGCAAGGAUGCCAUGCGAAGGGUCUCGAUGAUAUUGCGGAAGUGCGACUCGCUGCGCUCCACGGAGGACAGACAGUUCCUGGACAAGCACCCGGACAUUGUGAAGGCCACCAAGAAGCGCAAGGAGCGCGUGGAGAUCUACAAGGAGCGGGUGGUGGAACGCGAGGAUGCACCGCACGUGAUCGAGGCGAAGGUGGAGCAGUUGGCCAACAUUAUUUCGCAGGCAAAGCACCUGGUUUGCUAUACUGGAGCGGGGAUAAGCACGGCGGCUUUGAUUCCGGACUACCGCGGCAGCCAGGGCAUCUGGACUUUGCUACAAAAGGGCCAGGAGAUAGGGGAGCAUGAUCUGUCCAGUGCGAAUCCAACCUACACGCAUAUGGCCCUGUACGAAAUGCAUCGGAGGAGACUGCUGCAUCAUGUGGUGUCCCAGAACUGCGAUGGCCUGCACCUGCGAUCCGGAUUACCGAGGCAUUCGCUGUCCGAAAUCCAUGGAAACAUGUAUGUGGAGGUGUGCAAGAACUGCCGACCGAACAGCGUCUAUUGGCGCCAGUUUGAUACCACGGAGAUGACCGCCCGCUACUGCCACAAAACCCACCGUCUAUGCCAUCGCUGCUCGGAGCCUCUGUACGACACUAUUGUGCACUUCGGGGAGCGAGGGAACGUCAAGUGGCCGCUGAAUUGGGCGGGAGCCACAGCGCAUGCGGAGCGCGCGGAUGUGAUCCUCUGCCUGGGCUCCAGUCUCAAGGUCCUCAAGAAAUACACUUGGCUGUGGCAGAUGGACCGGCCUGCCCGCCAGCGGGCCAAGAUAUGUGUGGUCAACCUGCAGUGGACGCCCAAGGAUGGGAUAGCUAGCAUUAAGAUCAACGGGAAAUGCGAUCGGGUGAUGGCCCAAUUGAUGCACCUACUCCACAUUCCAGUUCCCGUGUACACGAAAGAAAAGGAUCCCAUAUUCGCACAUGCUUCGCUCCUAAUGCCCGAGGAACUGCACACGCUCACCCAACCUUUGCUUAAGAAUGCCGACGAGGAGGAGGCCUUCACCACCACCACCGAGGAAACGCAGGACUCAACCAUCUCUAGCGAGAGCUGUAGCUAUAACUACAGCGACCUGCCAAUCGGAAAGGGUCCACGGAUCCGCACACCCAUCAAAAAUGGACGAAGAGUUAAGACAAACCUGGAACUACGCCAGAAAUUCAAGCUCUUAAAUGGCCAGGAUGAGGAGAUUAAGGUAGAACAGCUGGAUACCAAUGGAGAGGUUAAAACGGAGAUUGACUCCAGCCCAAAGCUAAAGGAGUCGUUCAUUAAAAUAGAGACUGAAGUGAAACUGGAGGAAAUUGAAAGCCAGGACACCAUAUUAAAGCAAGAGCUGAAUCUUCUGGAGCUGCUGCCCAAGCUCGAGCCCCUUUCCCUCAAAGAAGAGACGGAGGAAACAGCGAACAAUGGUUUUCUGGAGCUGCCCAAACUAGUCGCCAUACAAAAAACUCAUGUGGAAAAUGUGACCGCGCAACCAAUUGAGGUGAGAUUAGAGCCACUUCAGCUGCCGCCGCUGGUGCCCAUUGGAGCGCCAUUGUCCACUCCCUUUGUCGAGCCCAAGUUGGUGCUGCCACCUGCCUAUCAGUCGCUCAACAUCCAGAUAAAGAGCGAUGUUGAUGGCGAUGGCGACUCCACCACAGAGAAUGAGAACGAAGAGGAGGAGGAGGAGGAGGAAAGCGAGCUGGCCCAGGUGGAUUUGUUGAGGCAGAACAACGACGAGGAGUUGCUGCGCCAGCUGCCCUCGUGGUACGAUGCCAAGUAUGCUUACUCUGGCCUGCACAGCAUCCUGAUACCGCCGCCGGCGGACCUCAAUAUCUGGAACUCCCAGGUGGUGCCGAACUUUGCUAUGAACCGAUCCGCCGCCAGUUGUGACUUCUGCUUCGAUCGGUAUGCCGAACUGGAAUGCCAGUUCUAUCGACGUUGGAACCUCAGCCAGCGCAAACACAAGAAACGGGCCAGGAGCGGUCGGUUCGUAGUCUGCGAGUGCUGUCCCACGUCCGACGACGAAGAUGACUACGAUGAGAAUAUAUCCCUGGCACAUAUUGCGGCGGCGGAGACGGCCAAGCGACGACAGCAGCUGAGUACGAGUUUCCCCCGCAAACUGGCGCGCACCCAGGCAGGAUGGUAUGGCAAGGGCUACAAGAAAGGACGCAAGCGGCGGUAGAUCGCCGGAUACAGAUCCCAAUCCCAAUCCUACGUCCGUGAUUUUUACCCCCAGAAACAAGGGUGGGUCGAUUUACAGAAAAAUUUUCGAGACGUUGGUCUAUGAACAUUUUAAAUCAUAUAUUUGGUUUGAGCAAGUAUGAUAUCGACCUGCUCUAACCGAGACACAUGCUCGCUUCAAUAGUAUUUUAGAUAUAGGAUCAUAAGUCAUAGCAUAGAUGGUAGUGCCAGCUAGCAUAGGUUUAGGGUUCUUUUUAUUUAUACGUGAUUUUUAAAAUGUCCUCUCCGUGUGUUCUUGUUUCUUGUCUGUCAAUUUCUGUCCAUUUAUGUAUUAAAUAAGUAAUUUACUGACAUUUUAUUGUGUUAUUUCUGUGUCUCAAUCGUCGAACUCUUGUCUUGGUAUUUUGUCUUUUCGUACAUGUUUGCAAAUUUUAAUUAGUUUAAUUUUUUCAACAAUUUUUUUAGAGUUUUAUUUAAGCACGCUUAAAACCUAACUUCCGCCCUUACAAGUAUAAGUUAAAUAAAGAAGAAAACCACUAUAAGUAUAAUGAA